UUUCAUACGUCAUUCCCUUAUGCGGUUACUUCAGAUACACGAUUCCAUCAGUCAGAUAAAAAUCUCGCAAUGUGACAAGAAAAAUUCUUUCAAUUAAAGAUUGUAAUUAAUUAGAAGAUUUUUAUUGGUGAAUCCGAUCAGCACAGGUAUGUCAUUCAAUUAGAGGGUUCGCUUGUUUAGUGAAAGAAAGGGUAAUAACGCAGACUAGUGGUAACAAGGAAUUCAAUGCACAUAGAUCGACGUGAGUCCAUUUGUGGAUUAUUAGUUACGUGUACGAUGAAACGACAAAACGUUCGUACUCUAUCACUGGUUGUUUGUACCUUUACUUAUUUGCUAAUUGGAGCAGCGGUCUUCGAUGCACUCGAAAGUGAAACUGAGAGCAAACGAUGGGAAUUUUUAUCAAAUAUCCGAAAUAAUUUCGUCGGAAAGUACAACAUGACGAACCAGGAUUACAGGAUGAUGGAAAUUGUAAUUAUUGAAAAUAAACCGCACAAGGCUGGACCACAAUGGAAAUUCGCAGGAGCUUUCUACUUUAGCACGGUGGUAUUGGCCAUGAUUGGAUACGGUCAUUCAACUCCAGUUACGGUCGGUGGUAAAGCUUUUUGUAUGGCUUAUGCGAUGGUUGGUAUUCCGUUGGGGCUGGUAAUGUUCCAGAGUAUUGGUGAACGUCUGAACAAAUUCGUAUCGGUUGUUAUACGCAGGGCGAAAACAUAUGCACGUUGCAAGCAAACCGAAGCUACCGAAACCAAUCUGAUGUUAUUCAAUGGGAUGCUGUCGUCGAUAAUCAUAACAACGGGAGCAGCAGUAUUUUCACGAUAUGAGGGAUGGAGCUAUUUCGACAGCUUUUACUACUGCUUUGUCACAUUGACUACGAUCGGAUUUGGCGAUUAUGUGGCACUGCAAAAUGAUCAGGCAUUGAUGAAGAAGCCUGGAUAUGUAGCGCUGAGUUUGGUUUUCAUUCUUUUCGGCCUGGCAGUUGUUGCUGCCAGUAUUAAUUUGCUUGUUCUGCGUUUCAUGACGAUGAAUGCUGAGGAUAUCAGACGUGAAGAGAUUGAUGCUCAAAAUAAAUGCAAUGCUAAUCAAGGUCUUUACGAUGGUGACUCGUAUACGCAAACUGGUAAACUGCUGGAACACCAUCAUAGUUCCGAUAUUGAGGAAACGUCGGUGUGCUCAUGUACGUGCUUAGGUGGAGCAAGCUGCGCAAAUCACGAAUUACUUUUGGAUCCAGGAUAUCAUCCGGCGGACAUUAUUUCCAGUACGAUGAGUUUGAAACGAGCUUCGGUGUAAACGAGAAUAUUUUUGUGCAAAAAUUAUUUCUUUUUCAUGAAUUAAAGUGGCCAAA